GAGGACAAGAAGAUGAGUAUCACUAGCCAUCAGUCCUUCAACAUUCUGGUCAUUGUCCUGGUUCUGCUUUCCUCUGCAGCUUUAUCGGCUCAUUUUCGUGUGUGUGAACCCUAUAUGGACCAGAAAGGGCGCCCUCAUUCAGGAUUCCACUGUCCUCGUCUCUCAGACAACAAGACCUACAUGUUUUGUUGUUACCACAACAACACUGUCUUCAAGUACUGUUGCAAUGACACAGAGUUUCAAACAGUCAUGCAGAUCAAUCUCACAAAUGCCCAAGAUGGGUAUUCACACAAUAACUACACAGCACUGGUCGGCGUGUGGAUCUAUGGAUUUUUUGUCAUGGUGCUGAUAGCAGUGGACUUUCUUUACUACUCAGCCAUAAACUACGAGGUAUUCAGGGUAUACCUGGAGAAGUGGGGCCUCGGGGGACGCUGGCUCAUGCAGGCUCGCAAUCAGUGGCAAAGGGCUGAGCAGGAGGAGAGUCAGGGGCAGCCUCCAAACCCUGGAGCUCCAGCAGGACUAUCACACUAUCAACAGCCCCACUGUCACAGUCAGCCCAGACACAUUCUAAAGCCAGAGUCCCAGAGUCCAUCCCACUCUGCACACAACCCAUCAACUGCCUGGUGAGUGCAAUAUAUACACCGAUCAGGC